CACACACACACCCCAAACCUGUCCAUCAGGUGCGUCACGCUGAACAGGUACAAAAGCCCUCACUGUUUCUCUCACAUCACGACACAAACUCGUUCAUCGGCAGGAAAACUCCACAUCUUCUCCGACAUGUUUCCUUUACUCAUUGGCGUCGUGCUGAUUGGAGUUGUGUACGUGACUCUAGUCAACACCUUGUUUAAGAAGUCGAAAUGUACAGGUGCGAGAGAAAUGAACGGGAAAACGGUCAUAAUUACCGGUGGUAAUACAGGUAUUGGGAAAGCUACAGCCAUGGACCUUGCAGGUCGAGGUGCAAGAGUGAUCCUGGCUUGCAGGAACCGACAGAAAGCCGAAGCUGCCAUCAGCGAUAUUAAAAAGGUGACAGGAAGCACUGAUGUAGUGUACAUGCAGCUCGAUCUGUGCAGUCUGAAAAUGGUGCGUUCCUUCGCUGAGAACUUCCUGAAGACCGAAUCCAAACUGGAUGUGCUUAUUAACAACGCAGGUCUCGUGGCGGACGGUCGUACUGAAGAUGGCUUUGGUAUCGAGUUUGGUGUAAACCAUCUUGGUCACUUUCUGCUGACAUGCCUCUUGCUGGACCGGCUUAAGGAGAGCCCCGGAGCCCGCAUCAUCACCCUGUCAUCGAUGGCGCAUCAGUGGGGCAAGAUAGAUUUUGAUGCACUGGUCACCAGCAAAGACCUGGGUAGUGGGAGAUACAGCUGGCAGUUCUUUCAGGCUUACUGUAACAGCAAGCUUUGUAACGUUCUCUUUACACACGAGAUGGCAAAGAGGCUGAAGGGCACAAAUGUCACCUGUUACAGUGUUCACCCUGGUGUUGUGAGGACGGAGCUCUCGCGUCACGUCGGUCUCUGGCAGAAGGUGUUCAUCGAACCAAUAUCCUGGCUGUUGUUCCUGGACCCAACGACUGGUGCCCAGACCACCCUCCACUGCAUCCUACAGGAAGGCAUUGAGCCUCUCAGCGGCCGAUACUUUUCUUGCUGUGCCGUGCAGGAACUGAGCCCCAAAGCCAGAGACAAUUCCGUAGCCAGGAAGUUGUGGGAUGUGAGCGAGAAAUUAUGUGGUCUCUCCUAAACUCUACAGAAAACUGUCAAACCCGCAGCCUUAUGAGACUUGAACCAAUUUCCAGUCAUUUCGUGUAUUUCGUCUUCUGUAAAUAUAAAAAGUUUUAAGACUGUGAUCAUAGUUGAUGGUUGCAUUAAAUACAUUCUAGAGGAUGUCGGAACACAUAGUUCGCAUUUUUGGGCACUUUUUGCUGCGUCAAGAGCGCCGUGUUUACAUUUUAUACCUGUGUUUUCUGUUUUUCAAUUAUUGUAAUAAAAUCUGAAGUGUGGUUUAAAA